UCAUGCUGGGAACUUGCUAGUACCACCCUAUGUCUCCUUGGCCACCGUCGUGGGGGCUUGCCACCGACAGCUCGCAGGAUCACACAUUUCCACAUAAUUGUGUGCAAGGAAGUUGCUGGUUGGGCACAGGCAACGAGAGAUGGCCUCCCUGUCCCCAUGUGGGGCAACACAGACUGGGACCUGUGAGCAGGAAGCAGGGACAGUGAGGCUGGAGAUGUCUGCUGUGGCCCCACAAAGGAGGUCACUGACCACUGGCUUCUCCCUGCACUCGCUCCUCCCUCCUGGCAGCCCCAGCACUGGCAAACAUUGCUGCUCUCACCUGCCCUGCCUCUUCCCUCCUCCUCUCCAUAAAAACUGCCGCGCGGCUCUGUGUCUCGCUAUACUUUGCUCUCACUGCUGCCAUCCCUGUGUCACCUUCCCGGUGUUACUUUUCCAGAGUCAAUCUCCCGGUGUAGAGCGGCACGGCGUUAGGAUGGCCAAUCCAGAUGCCUACCUGCGGCAGCCAUAUCUCAUGGUGCAUGGCAUCCCUAUGGUCAAUGCCUUUGCCCACAACUGGCAGCGAGUAGACACCUUCCAGAGCCGCCCUGAGGACAUCGUGGUGGUCACAUUCCCCAAAUCCGGCACCACCUGGAUCAGCGAGAUUGUGGACAUGAUCCUGCAAGGCGGCGAACCAGAGAAGUGCAAGCGGGACGCUAUCACCGUGAGGGUGCCCAUGCUAGAGUUCUCUGCUCCUGGGGAGAUGACGGCAGGGACGGACCUUCUGGCCACCAUGCCCUCACCGCGCGUGGUGAAGACUCACCUGCCUGCACAUAUCCUGCCCAAAUCCUUCUGGGAAAAUCGCUGCAAGAUGAUCUACACGGCUCGCAAUGCCAAGGAUGUCGCUGUCUCCUUCUAUCACUUUGACAUGAUGAACAAGUUCCAGCCACACCCUGGAACAUGGGCCCAGUACCUGGAAGAGUUCAUGGCUGGCAGAGUGGCAUAUGGCUCCUGGUAUGACCACGUCAAGGGCUACUGGGAGCGGAGGAAGUAUCACCCCAUCCUCUACCUCUUCUAUGAGGACUUGAAAGAGGACCUCCGCCAGGAGAUUGCCAAGGUGGCCCAGUUCCUAGGGCGGGAGCUGUCAGAGGCAGCGCUGGACACCAUCACCCAACACACUUCUUUUGAGAUCAUGCGGGACAACCCCACCACCAACUACAGCAUGGUGCCCUCGCACCUCAUGGACCAGGGUGUCUCCCCCUUCAUGCGCAAAGGCACCACUGGAGACUGGAAGAACCACUUCACUGUGGCCCAGAAUGAGAGCUUCGACCAGGACUACGCUCAGAAGAUGUCAGGCACUGACCUGCGCUUCCGCACCCAGAUUUGAGAUAGUGCCAGCUCAUGGCCCUUAACCCACGCCCACCAAUCAGCAGCAGAUGCAGCACCACCCCUGUUUGCAUCUCACUGGCCUCCCCAUACAAGAGGGACUUCUUCAAAAAUAAAGUUUCAUAUCUGCGUCUUCCACUCAGAUCUGCACCUGUGCGAAAACUGCUGCAUUGCUACAGAGAUGUGCAGAGCCUUAUCCCACCUCGUAUUUCCCCAGCUCUGUGUUGCCUACACAGGAUGUACAUAGGAUACAUCUGUACAUCUAUUUUUUGAGGAAUAAAAAAGCCUGUAUGUGGUACAGAGGCAUUUCCAGCGCUCAAAAAUUGAAAUUUGUUAGCAGUUUCCACAUGCGCAUCUCUGCCAUGGUCAGGGCUCACAGAGGGUUCCACAUACACUACAUCCUACCUCAGAACUCUCCCUGCUGUUGUCACGCUUUGUGGGGGGUGAUGGGACAGGGCAUGGUGAUGGCCAUCCCCCCAUGCUGCUGGGGCCAUUUGGAAGAGAUGAGGUGAGCAGGCUGGGAAAAAUACAGACCCACUGUGGAUGGGAGAUGGAUGCAGCCUAGGGAGCUUGGGAUCUUUCCACACUGGAAAGAUCUUUCCACACUGGAGCAAUGAAGCUGGAGGCAAAAGGAGGAAUUUUGCCACUCGCUUUUGGUUGUUCUUCUCCCAGGCACCUGGAAGCUGUUAUGCUGUGCCAGUCUCCUGCAACCACAUCACUCAUCAGGUGUGUCAAGUUCCCACGUGGUCAGAGGAAAGGUGCUCAUUCUCCCACUGUGGCUGGAAAAACCACAGCUAAAGGGCAUGCUGCAGCACCACAGCACAUGAUGCAGCUGAGGGGCUGGAACAGCGUUGCUAAAAGCUGGUGCUUUUAAAACAGAUGGUUUUAUGAUGCGAUCAUUCAAGAAAAGGGAACUGUGAGUUAGAUGGUUGUUGGGUCCCUUUACUUCAGGCCCAUGUUCAUCAUCCUUUCUCCUGCUUGGUAGACAAACUUGCGUGCAGCCUAAAGGAAAUAUUCAUUGCUUACAGGCAUGGAGCAUCUCUGAGAAUGCACUUUUUUUCUCAGGAAAGGGUGUAAUAGGCCAAGAGGUUAAAAAAAAAUGAGUGGAGACCUGGGGGACAGGCAAGGUGACAGGGAUGGAGCCAGGCACAAACCAGCACUGCAACAGGGGCUAUCAGACGUGAAACUCUGCUGUGCUCCAAGGAUGAGACUGACAGUCAAGUGGGACCUGUCUGGCAAUACAGGCAGCAAAACUGAGUUAAAUCCUAUUGUUCAGCAAAAUCUUUCGAGUUUGGCCAUUAGGUAUCACAAACCCAACAAAAGAGGGUCACAGCAGAGAUAGGUCUUACCUGCCUGGGUAUGUGGGGAGAAAA